AUGCGCGCUGUCGUUCAACGAGUCCUGUCAGCUUCCGUGACUGUUGACAACGAGACGAUCAGUCAGAUCUCCAGAGGCCUUAUGGUCCUCGUCGGCAUCGGUACAGAUGAUACGACUGCUGAUAUGGACAUUCUGGUCAAGAAAAUUCUGACGCUGCGCAUCUUCGAUGACGCCAACGGGAACAUGUGGAAGGCGAGCGUCAAGGACAUAGCGGGAGAUGUGCUAUGUGUCUCUCAGUUCACGCUACUUGCGAACACGUCCAAGGGCAAUAAGCCUGAUUUCCACAAAGCCAUGGGUUCAACACAAUCUCGCGAACUGUACGCUACUUUCCUUCAGAACAUGAAAGACCAGUAUUUGGCCGAUAGGAUUCAAGAUGGCAAAUUUGGGGCUAUGAUGAAUGUCAGUCUGACAAAUGAGGGGCCGGUUACUUUCACACUGGACUCGCGUAAGUACGAGUACGUGGAGUUGACGACGCCAGUGCACAGUGGUAUAUCGACACCUAAAGGCGCAGCGAAGAUGCACAAGUCACCCUCAAACAUCGAGACGUUCGAUAGAACCUCUGAGACGUCGACGGGCUAA